CUGGACGUAGAAAGCAUGGAGCUGUUUCUCCCAUUUUCAGCGACUAUAGCCGCAAUUGUUUUUUCUUUUAUACUAAAAUUCCUGCUGGAAAGUAUUAAAGGAAAGAGAGUGAAGAACACAGAACCACCUCAAGCAAAGGGCCGAUGGCCGGUAAUCGGACACCUGGGCCUUCUUGGUGGACCUGAACUACCUCACAGGGUCUUAGGUGGAAUGGCAGAUAAAUAUGGCCCCAUCUUCACCAUGAAGCUUGGUGUUCACAAUGUUUUGGUGGUGAGUAACGCUGAGAUGGCGAAAGAGUGCUUUACCACAAACGAUAAGGUGUUUGCAAGUCGACCCAAGUCAAUGGCAGUAGAACACAUGGGCUAUAACUAUGCCAUUUUGGCUCUAGCUCCUUAUGGGGACUACUGGCGACAAGUGCGCAAGAUCAUGACUCUGGAGGUUCUCUCUCAGCGACGUGUGGAGAUGCUUGGACCUCUUCGUGCUUCAGAGGUUAAAGCAUCCAUGGAAGAUAUAUAUAAAGCUUGGGUAAAGAAUAAAGAGAGUGGAAGUUCCGACAUGGUAAAGGUGGAUAUGAAACAAUUGUUUCAGAACUUGAUAUUAAAUGUUGUCGUCAGGGUUGUUUCAGGAAAAAGGUUUUCACCUGAUGACAAAGAAGGGGUUCGAUUUCAAAAAGUGAUAAGGAAAUUCUUCGUGUUAUUGGGCACAUUUGUCGUGUCUGAUUUUAUUCCAUAUCUGAAGCCAUUGGACUUGGGAGGAUACGAGAAAAAAAUGAAGAUGACAGGAGAAGAGAUGUACGGAAUUGUUACAGGAUGGCUAGAGGAUCACAAGAGAGUGAGAGCGGAGGAAAAGCAUGCGCAGCAACAUGAAAGAAGCCAAGUCUUCAUGGAUGUUCUUAUUUCCGUUGUUGAAGGUGCCCCCCAAGACGAAUUCCGCGGUUUUGACCAUGAUACCGUAAUCAAGGCUGCAUGUUUGACUAUUUUAGCUGCUGGCUUGGACACAACGUCUGUAACGUUAACAUGGACUUUAAGUUUGUUGCUCAACAACCCAAGAGCAUUAAAAAUUGCCCAAGAUGAAUUGGAUGAGCAUGUUGGAAGAAAGAGAGUAGUAGAGGAGUCGGACCUGAAGAACCUUGUUUACCUUGACGCAAUCAUCAAAGAGACGCUGCGUUUAUACCCGCCUGGACCUCUAGGCCUUCCUCAUGAGUCCAUGAAGGAUUGCAUUAUUGGUGGCUACAAUAUCCCUAAAGGCACACGUUUAAUGACUAAUUAUUGGAAAAUUCAACAUGAUCCUGAUAAAUGGUCAGAUCCUGAAGAAUUUCAGCCAGAAAGAUUCUUGACAAGUCAUAAACAUGUUGAUGUCAAGGGAAACAAUUAUGAAUUGCUUCCUUUCGGUAGUGGUAGAAGAGUAUGCCCUGGUAUUCCGUUUGCUCUUCGGGCGUUGAAUAUAACUUUAGCUACUCUAAUACAACAAUUUGUGCUUAAAAAGCCAUCAAAUGAACCCAUUGAUAUGAGCGAAAGCGCAGGAGUGACUAUCAGUAAAGCAAUCCCACUUGAGGUCCUUCUGGCCCCUCGUUUAUCCCUUGAUAUGUAUGAUGUUGGUGCAUGAUACGUCCAUUUCAAAUCAUCUACGAGCCGUACAGCCCCCACCAUAUGCCCACACCCUAGUCCUAUUGAAGAAUGAUUCGAAAACAAUCCAGAAAAAUCUGAGAGUCUUCUUACUAGUUUAUCAAAAAUUUGUUUACUUAUACUACUUGUUUUUGAUUUUCCUUAUUUCAUGUAAUGGUUUCUAGUAAUUUCUCCUUGGAUGCUCGAUAUAUAUAGCCAUCUCGUGUUUACAUUUUAAGCAUCAAUAAUAUGAGAGUCUUAUAGUGAAAA